GGUUUAUCUGAAGGCAAAUGCUUAAAGAGUGUUUGAGCUUAAUGCGUGGCUUACAGAGAGGCCGAGCUAUUUGACAAGAUGAGUUGCAUUCAAACAACUGCUUGCCUUCCUGCUGACAACGUCACAAGUAUAUGCUCUUCAUGGCAUGCACUUUCUAUGCCAUGGGAUGCACGUCAAUCCUUCAAGGCUUCUCUGAAAGUGAGUUCAUUUGCAUUACCUUACCGGAAUACAACAUAUCCUAAGGCAUCCUUGAAAUUGACUGCUGCUGCAUCUAGAUAUGAUCGAUGUGCACCUGUUUGUUUAUUUGGUUGGAAAGGGAAGUCAGAGAAUGACAAUAAGGCUUCUCUUUGGAAUGCUAUGGGAAGUUUGAAGAAAGAGUCAGUCGAGCAUGUAUUGCCGCAGCAAAUCCAAAAACAAGCAUACUAUGAUGAUGGAGGCAGUGGUAGGAAUCGUCCAGGUGGUGGGUGGUUCUGGUGGUUCAAAGGAUGA